AUGGCAGAAGCAAAGCAGGAGCUGCGACUGGCCGAUUCGCCCGGCUUUGCAACACCGAUAUCCGAACAGGAUUGGACGAACCAUGAGGAAACUCAAGCUAGAAGAAAGAUUGACGGCUCAGUGCUGCCGUUGCUAUAUCUGGGGCUGCUUGUUUUUCAGCUGGAUCGCAUGAACCUGGCGAGUGCUCUUACUGGUGGUUUCGCGAAGGAUAUCGGAGUGGAUCAGGAUACAAUCAAUCUCGGAAACCAGUUGAUGUUCCUGGGCAUCGUGAUUUUGGAAAUCCCGUCCAAUAUGCUACUUCAGAAAGUUGGCCCUCGCAAGUACAUAUCAGCUCAAGUCAUGCUAUUUGGCUUGGUUGCGACCCUUCAAAUAUUUCUCCGCGAUAGAAAGGGCUUUCUGGCAUCGCGAAUGUUUCUUGGUUUGGCAGAGGCAGGCUAUAUACCGGGUGCCUGCUACACACUGUCGACAUGGUAUAAGAAGAAAGAGCUCGCGAAGCGGGUCGCUGUUUUCUUCUUUGGUAUGUUCAGUGGCAACGCUUUGAGUCCUCUGUUGGCGUCUGGCAUUCUCAAGCUUGAGGGCGCACGGGGUUUGAGAGGCUGGCAGUGGCUCUUUCUCAUUGAGGGAGUGUUCACUAUCUUCGUGGGACUCUCCCUAUUGUUCCUUCUCCCUGGGUCUCCCGAUACGCCCGAUCCCCUUUUGAGCCGAGGCCUCGUCCGCUUCAAAGGCUCGGAAAGGGCCAUCAUUCAACGCCGACUCGAAUUCGAUGACAAGGAGAAGCGACAUGGCGCGCAAGGAAUGCACAUCCCGCCAAAACUUGUGCUCAAGACGAUCUUGCAUUGGCAACGAUGGCCCCAUUUUCUGAGCAGCUUCGCCGUCUUCUCCACCUGGAGUCCUUUGACAACUUACACGCCAACUAUCAUCAUGCAAGUAGCACGGCAUGUGAGGCGAAGGCGCUGUGCUAAUCAGGAGUCUUGCAGGAACCUCGGUUUCAACCGCAUCCAAGCCAAUGCUCUUGCCGCCGUUGGGGCCUCCCUUGCCCUUGUGGUCGUUUUCAUAGUCGCCUGGAUCAGUGACAAGACAAACAAGCGCGGUCUAUCGGUCAUCGGUGCACACAGUUGUUAUCUCAUCGUCCUGAUAGUGGCAAGGACUGCACAUCCUCAUGUCGGCAAGUGGUCCCGUUGGGGUCUUUGGACGGCCGUGAAUAGCUUUGCUGUGGGAUACCACCCAGCCAACAACUCAUGGGUACAACUCAAUUGUCGCGAGCCGGGAGAGAGGAGCAUCAGUAUUGCAAUGUGGGUGAUGCUUUCCAUCAGUGGCCUGAUGGUCGGAACGCAGUAUUACCGAGGCAACGAUACCCCAUUUUACCAGACCGGUCUGAGGACUCAGAUAAUUAUGGUCUCGAUUGGGAUGGGGUUCGCCAUACUGCAGGUCAUUAUCUACACCUGGCAUAAUAAGCGUGUUGCCGAAGGAAAGUACAAGCCGGCCAAGGGAGAGGUGCCUCGAAUUUAUGUCCCCUGA